AAUGUAGUGCUCGAGUGUCUCUACAAUGACCUGAUGGUCUUGUUCCUGCUUCAAGCCCGAAACCACGAUCACACCUAUAAUGCCUUCGACACCCUUUACCCGGAUUGGAAAACCUCCACCGUGGAUCGCGUACUGUCCCGCCCUUUCUCCUAGCAUAUACUUGGCCGCAAACAAAGCUUCAUCGCCCUUCAGCUUGUUGUGCAUGUACCAGGUGCUGCAGCCCCAGCGGAGUACAGUCGCACAUUUACGCGCGACCCAAGAAUCAUUAUCAGGCUGCGUUCCUGAUCAAGUUACAGAAUGAAAGAGCAACUGGUUGCUAUUGGCCAAGCUGAUGUUUAUGACGGCUGGCACUGCGGGGAUCGAUGCGUUUCCUUGCCGUGGAAAGGCUGAAAAUAUAGGGAGGUUUGGUACAUAAACCGCUCGAUUUCAGAGUGGGAGAAUGUUAAAAUUUUUCUUCCAUAAAUAGAAGCACC